CGUAGUUCGUAACCGCGCGAUUAUCAUGUUUACUUUUUGGUGUAAUCAUAAUGUCAAAUGUCAAAAUAAAUCAAAUCUAAUGUCAACUGUUGUCAAAGUCUUGCCACCACAGAAAAAACUUUUUAAAUUCACGCAUAGAAUUCCAUAUGGCGAAAUAUUUUUUCAUUGUUUAGGAAGUGGAUUAAUUGUAACAAUGGUUCAUUUUAUGUAUUGUGUGUAUUUUCUAACUCUAAUAACUCUUGUAGUCUAAUGCAUGUAUUUACCAUAUAUAUGUGGUUCUUUUUCAAUGAUGAAGUUUAGGUAACGCUUUGAAAUGUGCUGCUGUGCCUGGCUGAACAUUUAAAAGAUCUUAUUUCAUGCUGUCACGGUUAAAAACUUUAUUUCAAAUUCAAAUCAAACAAUUUAAUAAAUAAAAACAGUUCAAAUCUUACAAACUCAUAUUAUAUUUAUCUCGUAUUAACGAAAAGUGAUGGAUAUCGAGAUAUCAUAAAAUAAUCAAGAAUGGGUAUUAAAGGCUUGUGGACAGUUUUUGCCCCAUAUUGCGAAAAAAAAUCCUUACACGAAAUCCAAGGUGAAACCGUUGCAGUUGAUUUAUCAGGAUGGGUCUGCGAUAGUCAAAAUGUCACCGACUACUAUAUACAGCCAAAACUCUACCUUAGAAAUUUAUUUUUCAGAACCGUAUAUCUUCUUUUAGCUGAUAUCCAACCAAUAUUUGUACUAGAAGGAGAUGCCCCUGAACUUAAAAGAGAUGUGAUGGCUGCUCGAAAUGCGUUACAGUUCCGAGGUGCCCAGUCUCAAUCGAGUAAAACAAGUGACAAGCCUGAUGUAGCCAGACGUAGGUUUAGAGGGGUCUUGAAAGAGUGUGAGUCCCUUUUGAGAAGUAUGGGAGUGAAGUGUAUAAAAGGUAGUGGUGAGGCGGAGGCUACAUGUGCACAAUUGAAUGCUCAAGGUGUUGUACAUGCAGUAGUGUCUCAAGAUUCCGACUGCUUUGCUUACGGUGCUCGUCGUGUGUACAGAAACUUUAGUGUAUCUAACUCAGCAGGAGGUGGUGCAAUGCAGGGCUCCGUUGACUGCUAUGACGCUGAUGUUAUGUUUAAAAGCAAUGGUUUCGGUCGGAAGAAAAUGGUCGCCUUAGCUUUAUUAUGUGGCUGUGAUUAUGGUAUAGGUGCUUGUGGGUCAUCCAUAAACACUGUGGUGUCCUUUUUACACACCAUUCCUGAUGAUAAAAUUAUACAUAGGGCUAAGGUAGCAGAGGUGAAGCGGGAACUAUCUUUACGUACUAGAGCCCUUUCAUGUGGUAUGCCAUUUCCAGAACCAAAAGUUAUGAAGGAGUUUUUAAACGCAAGCAGUGAACACAUCGAUCUUAACGACUUAACUACACCUGUUCCUAGUUUGAUACAAUUUGUGAAAUUAAUGUGUAGUAAGUUAGACUGGUCUGAAAGGUAUUGUGUGGAGAAAUUCUUACCAAUUCUCACAAAAUGGCAUCUCCAAGAUACUGUAAUUUGUAGAAAAAUUAAACCGAAAGAAAUUAAGAAAAAGAGAAAUCCUAAAGGUGUACCAAGUUACGAAGUAGUUUGGGAUGAUAUAAAUGGGGAGUUUGAAGGUCUCAUUCCUGACGAUCAAUUUGAGGAUAACGAAGAUCCAAUAAAAGUGUGGACUUCAAUAGAAAGGCAAGACUUAAUGCGUAAAUAUUAUCCAGAUAUAGUAGAAACAUACGAGGAAUCAAUCAAAAAGCCAGUAAAAGUUAAGAAAACCAGACAGAAGAAAGACAAAGAGAAUCAAGAUCCAGAUAAACCAAAGAGAAAAUAUACUAGAAAGAAGAAAGUUGAGGAUUUAGAGAUUGUAAACAAUUCAUUAAAGAGAUUAAGUUUAGAUGCGACCGGUAAUACAAGCAAAGCCCAAGUGAGCAUUUCAGUUAGCAAAUUGAAGAGGAAAUUAAAAAAUAAUGUUAAAACGAAACACAUUGAUAGUUAUUUUAAAAGUAAGAAAAGCAAAUGCAGUACAAGUAAAAUACAUUUAAGUUUUCAAAAAUGUCACAAAUCAAGCAAAUCAGAUGAGCCUAUAAGUAAUCUAUUAAAUUUAUCUCGUAAAAUGGAAACCAUGAAGAAUCUAAGCUUUUUUAAUUCAAGUACUGAGGAAGUAGAUAUCAGUAACUUAUCAGAUAUCGUUGACCAAAUAGUCACAAGAGGAUCUGAUAUAAAGACUGCAUCUGUCAACAAUAACCUUGUAAAACUUAUUUUUGAGAAGAAUAAAGCGAUACAUAAGAAAACUGCACAAAGAAAUUUUAUACAAAACUAUUGUUCGACUCCCAAAAGUAGUCCUAGAAAGACAAAGUCUAUUGAUAUGUCAAAACGUUUAUCUAAAAUGAAUACGAGUUAUUUCUUUGACAAACUAACCGAUGAUUGUGACGCUUUUGAAAUGUCUGUUGAACAUAAGGCAAAUGAUGUGAACUACGAUUGUAAUGUAACAGUCGAUUGCAGUCUACCUGAUGUUAUUUUAUAAAAACGUGAUUUGAAUUAGAAUAACUUUUGAAUUAAGUAUUACUUUGAAUGACAUUUUAAUAAAAUGUACAAAA